UGUACCUAACCCGUUGUUACCUUUCAGUGAAAAAGCACUUCGAAAGGCUGAAGUUGUUUAUAGGCUAUAAGAGUAUGCAGUUGAAAAUGGCUUCAACUUCAUCAACGUCCUUAAAUGCAGUUAUUUCGAUGUAUCAAAAUCUGAUAAAAGAAUGGAAUAAAAAACCUCCAAACCUGGAGGCAAUAGGAAAAUUAUUGACAAGUAUGAAGCUUGCUCUGACUAGUUUCCAAUACAUGCCAACUUCAGGGUCAAAACCAACAUCUCAAGAACUUAUCCUAGCAAGGGAUGUUUUAGAGAUUGGAGUUCAGUGGAGUGUUCUUGUAAAAGAUAUACCAUCAUUUGAGCGAUAUUUGGCACAGCUCAAGUGCUAUUACUAUGAUUACAGUGGUAUUCUUCCAGAAUCCCCUUACAUGUACCAACUCCUAGGUUUGAAUUUGAUGAGCCUGUUGGCACAGAAUCGUCUUGGUGAAUUCCAUACUGAACUUGAACUUCUUCCUGCUAAACAAAUACAAGAAAGUGUUUACAUACGAUGUCCUGUUGCCUUAGAGCAGUAUUUAAUGGAAGGAAGCUAUCACAAGGUGUUUCUUGCUAAAGAAAAUGUUCCUGCCGAAGCGUACUACUUCUUUAUCAACAUUCUCGUGGACACCCUAAGAGACGAAGUAGCUGCUUGCAUGGAGAAAUCAUAUGAGAACAUCACAGUGAAAGAAGCAACUAGAAUGCUGUUUUUUCAGAAUGAUGCAAAGAUGAAAGAGUACUCGAUCAAGCGUGGCUGGAAGGCUCAAGGUGGCUCGUACCACUUCAAAGCAGAUGUACACGAUAAACAAGAAAUUUCAGCUGGUAAAGUAAUCGAACAAUGCCUAGGUUAUGCCAAAGAGUUAGAAAGAAUUGUUUGAUAGUGUUAUCGUUGUAAAUUAGUUGAAGGUUAUUUACUAUAUAUUGUUAAAGUGGCAUUUCAA